ACCUAAUCUACUUUUGCCUUUUUUCUGGAAAGUGUUUUACCGGUAGUCGAUAUCUUCGAAAGUUCAAAGUCACGACUCGACCUCGAUAUAUUAUAACCGCAACAUACAACAAGAGAACAAUAUAAACUCGAUCCAAAAAAUCCAAAAAAUCCAAAAAAAAAAUCCCAAUCCGUCCUCGAAGAAAAAGCAAAAGAACCGCCAACUCAUUAGCCGUCGAUCUUUGAAUAUCACAUUGCCGACUACACGUCCACGCACAUCCACACGACGCAAACAUGUGUAUGAAAGCUACCUGCGAUAACUGCCAGAAAUCAACAUGGCGCGGCUGCGGCCGCCACAUCCCCACCGUCAUGGACUCGAUCCCGCACGACCAGUGGUGCACGUGCGAUCCCAAGGUCGACCGCGAGGGCGUCGUGUACCCCCCCGCCGUGGGCACUGGGACUCCCGCUCCUAACCCCGUUCCUGUCGCCGGAGCUGAUGCUGGGAUUGUCCAUGGUGCGGUUGGUGUGAGAGUUUAGGCGAGGUUGAUGGGAAAGGGAGGGGGGAAGGGGAGGGGGAGUGUACGAUUGAUGAUUGAUGAUGAUUUUGGGGAGGUGUUUGGGCGUUUUCGUGUUUUGGGAGCUAGGAUGGUGUGGGUUAUGUUUUUGCUGCUAUGAAAGACAUCUUUGGGUAGGAGGGCAGUUGUUAAGCAUGGCACGGUAUAGCAUAGCAGUGUAGCGUAUGAUGUGGUACAUCCGCCCACUCCACCACUAGGAUAUACGUAUAUCUUCCAUGUAAUCGAAGCAUGUAUAUUUGCGUCUCAUUCCCCACGGUCGCUACGUCUAUGACCUCUCAGAGGAGUAGAUACGUGACGAGCAAGGAGAU